GUCCUGGUCAGCUCCAUUGAUCUUCUUACGAUGGGCCUUUGGCAAAUAUUAUUCAAUAGCGAUAGCAGGGAAACUACCAGUGAUCGUCCUUCUAGCGACCGACACCGCCUGCUACCCGCCUAUGCCGCUGAUCCAAUCCCUGCGGCACUUCCUUCGAAGGAGGUGACUAAAAUCGCUCUCCGGUUGAGAUACCAGAUCGAGCAGCUCAUUCCCUGCGAGCUUGAAAAAAAAAUCAUUACCAACCCAAACAGCCGCGUGAUCACCGCCAGUGUAGUCCAAGCCGCCAAGCAAGCAGGGGGCGAGGAUCUGCGGGGAUGCGUUCCCUUCUGCUUGCUCGUUUGUGUGCGAUGGUUCAAGGCUCAGGCUGGGGAGGAGCUUUGGGAUUCCGACCUUCACCAGUGCAGGGCUCUCGCAUGUCAGGUCAUUGCAAAGCAAAUUAUCGAGGCCGAGGAGGAUCAGGAUUUCAUGCUGAUCCACAUUUUACUGAAGCGGUACUCCAUCUUCGUUGACGGGGAAGACACGGCGCCGGCUAAUGUGAUCGAACGCGCCGUCGAUCUGCAUGCCCUUGAGGUCAUCGGGUCCUCUGGAUACCAGAAAUGUAUCAGGUGUCUAUGGAACGGCUGGUUUUGGCAGGAGGGUGGGAACAACACGAAUUUCGUUCCAUACCCUGAAAAAGACAACACCAGCUUCGCCGCUCAUUUUCACCCCGACCGGAUGAGAACGCCUUCUUAUCAGAAGAUAUGCCAAAUCCUCUUCUCCUUGGUGUACCUUGGGCUGUACACCGAGGUUAUAAACACUGUCAAUCCCAGUGGAAACUUGGAUGUCGUCGAAGGCGUUUUAUAUGUCAUGACGCUCGCGUUCAUCUGCGAUGAGCUGGCGAAGUUGUGGAAGAUCGGGACGAAUUACUUUGACUUCUGGAAUGCCCUCAACUCCACGAUGUAUACGAUCCUUGCGAUUUCCUUUUUCUUGCGCAUAGCUGCUUUGACGCAUUCUUCCUCCACCGACGAUGCAGAGAGACAGAGGCUGAAUGAGUUGAGCUACAAUUUCCUGGCCUUCUCGGGGCCGAUGUUUUGGAUCCGCAUGAUUCUUUAUCUUGAUUCCAUCCGGUUCUUUGGUGUCAUGGUUGUUGUUCUCCGAGUCAUGAUGAAAGAAAGCCUGAUCUUCUUCGCCCUUCUCUUCGUCGUCCUGAUCGGUUUCUUCCAAGCCUUCGUUGGGAUGGCCCAAGCCUCCAGUGAUGUCCCGAUCACGAAGACGAUCCUGGUGGGGAUGGCCAACAGCGUGAUGCAAAGCCCUGAAUUUGGCCUAUUCGAAGAGUUUGCAUUUCCUUUCGGCAUGAUCUUAUAUUACAUCUACAACUUCAUCGUCAUGACUAUUCUCUUGAACAUCUUGAUUGCGCUGUACAACAGCGCAUAUGAGGAUAUUUCCGGCAAUGCCAACGACGAGUACAUGGCCGUUUUUGCUAAAAAGACAAUGCAGUUUAUCCGGGCACCCGAUGAAAAUGUUUUCAUACCACCAUUCAACCUGCUCGAGAUUGUCUUCCUGAUCAUUCCCUUUGAGUGGUGGCUGCCGCGCCAGUACUAUGCACGGUUAAACGACAUCGUGAUGGGCAUUAUAUACUCCCCGAUCCUCGUCGUGACUGCGUACUUCGAGACCCGUGACGCCCGUCGCAUCCGAUCAAACCGCCGUCGGGGCGACGAGGAUGAUGACCACAUGCAGGAGUGGGAACAAGUCGCCGGGGGCGUUGACUUUGACCUUGAUGAUAGCUGGAAACAGGUUGUUGAGGACACCACGCCCAAUGUUCUGGAAGAGAGCACCGGCUCGGAGAUUGCCCAGUUGAAACAGCAGAUCUCGGAUCUAACAGAUAUGAUCAGGAUCUUUACUGAGAGCUCUGUACCGGGUGUGCCACGCGAUGAGCCGAGCUCAGCUGUGGCGGAAGGCGAAUGAACAAUACUUCGGCCAUUUCCCGACUACCAUUGAGUGUCGCAGGACGAAAUGACCAUCAGACCAUUUCUCCCGUUCCAGGAAGCUAAUUCCACCAGCCUUGGCGGUCCAACGUGCAGCCUCACAGUUCGCAACCAUGGUUUGUUCCUCCAAAAAAGACCCCGCCAUAAUGUGCACGAUACAGGAACGGGUGAGGCAAA